UAUGUGUUUUUAAAAUCUUAUUCGAAUUGAACAGAACCUCCAGUUUACGGUGUUAAUUCAUAAAGUAAAUGGCGUUCACAAACUAAGUUAGCUAGUUUCGGAAGUGCUCGCUGGAGUCCCCACCGUCCGAGGAUUAAAAACAAAACAAAACAAAACAAAACAAAAACUCAAGGUUGAUUUUUUUCGUUACCACCACUCUUAUUAGAUAUAAGAUUUUUCCAGUCGUGAUAUUUGACUGCCUUAAGGAGAUAAUUACUAACAAUGUGUUGAUGACCAUGGCUCAUACAGUUAAAAAUAAGGACAAAAUAAUCCACUCAAACGAAGUGUUCAGCAGACUUUCUCCACUAAAUGUUGAAGACUUGAAGCCUCAAUCUCAGUUUUCCCAGAAGCUCCCACAUGAUCCAAAGCGCAGACCUUCAAAACCAUUUUCUAACCCAUUUGUUAAUUUUCAAGUAACUAUAGUUAAUGACUCAAUGAGAAAAAGAAAGCUAGAUGAUGCCAGUUAUAACACUGGCGUCAGCAGUGAGUUUAAAAAGCCCCGCUGUCUGAGUGCUUUGUCCCCAGACCUCGGCUGCUUCAUGGAUUUUAGCAGUCCUCUUUCAGGGAGGGUUUCAGCAUCUGCUUUUGAUGCCUCACAAUCCCAAGUGAGCGAACAUACUCAAGCUUGCAGUAGUGAAAUUAAAGAAACUCUGAGCUGUCGGCUGGACUUGGAGCGUGCGAAGUGUGGGUCUUCCAGAGAUCAUGCAGUUGAAGUGGAGGAUGUGCAGCUGAGCGCUAGGAGUGAGAAGCACCUGAUAAAUAUUUCACGUGAUUUUGACUGUGAUGUUGAUGACAUCUUGUGCCUCAAACUUGACAAAAAAGAAGGGCAAAAAAAAGCAAAAGCUGACCUGAGAGCAGCGGAGGAGGACAAAGGUUAUGAUUCCUCAWUUCCUCCAAAUGAAAAUAAGGAGGAACAUAAUGCUGAAAAUCCACCAGAGCUUCAGUGUCAGGAGCAAACACCAGUGUAUGGUCAGCAUUCCUCUAGCUUAGCUAAAGACUGCAGUGCUUCUGUGAGUCGGCCACUGUUGGAGCCUGUGAAAUCUGAGGAGUAUUUGGAGGGGGACGAUGAUGUUUUGAUUAUUGGGAAUCCAAUAUUCGAGUCCUCUUUAUGUCAAUCAGAUGCUACAGAUGAGCCCGUUUCUUUCAGUCAGACUUUUGUUGAUGACACAACUGUGGACAGUUUUUAUGAAACCACAUUGCCUUUGCAGGUGCAGUUGAAAUCAAAAGUGGUGGCUCCAAAUGUGCCUGAAAGCAUCGGAAAACAAGCAUCUCCUCCACCUCAGAAACAGAACACAAAUUCUUCAAACAAGAAGAACAGGAAGAAGACUUUUCAGAGGGCUGAAUCUGAGAGACAGAGGUCAAAAAUCUGUGACGACGAGCUGGAAUGGGAACGUCAGAAAAGACGGUAUGUGUUUUCUGUCAGAAGUCACAUGACUGAGAACGAAGUGACAACUCAAGGAUACAUGACUGAACUUCGAGACUUAAUGACCCUCGUGGCUGGUCAGACUGGAUCCAAYGGCUCAAAGUGGCAGCACCCUUCUGAUCUCACAUGCAGAAACUACCAGUGGCGGUUUUGCAACGAGAUGCCUUGGAUGACCCUCAGUGAGUGGCAGGCCAAGAACUUGAUCAACCACAAGCGCUUCAGCAAAGUCCCCAAAAUUUUCGAACGAAGCCCAUUUCCCUAAAUAUGUGUGUGUGUGUGUGUGUGUGUGUGUGUGUGUGUGUGUGUGUGUAUUGACAGCCAUGCUCAAUGUGCGUACAUUUCAAAAUCCGCGUUGUUUUUCACCUCUUUUCAGCUUUUGAGAUGUCUUUCCCAUUUUCUUAUAUUUGUGGCAUGUAAGAUUUGUUUUGGUGUGACUUUAAAUGUUGCCCUUUAUUUUUCUGUCAGCCUUAUGCAUGCCUUUUUUAUAAAACAAAUGCAUGUUUUAGGAGUUUUUCAUGUUAAACAUUUGUCGUGUUCACUUUGAAUAGAUGUGAAACACUGCAUGUUUUAUUGUUUUCCUUAUCUGUUCCUGUUGUUUCACAUGGUGACUGGAGUCUGUGAGGCUGUUUGAUUUGGCUUGGUGAGAAAACAGUAAUAAUUCAUGGCCUGUUGCAGCUCUUGUAUUGAUUUUGCAGAAUGGUGCUAUGUUUUUGUCAGCUUUGUCAUCCAUGUACAGUAGUUUCUGAGCUCUGUGCAGGUAGAAGCUGUCAGAUUCUGAGCCCACAUAUAUGGAAGUUAUCAGUAUGGGUCCCCUGCACUGAAUAAUGCAGGUUGYUUAAGUCAUGCUGUCUGUUCUGAUGGAGUGACUUGUCUGAACUGUGGGACACGUGUGCAGCUUGUUUACAGCAGUGUUUUCUCCUCAAGAGCAGGAUCUCUGCAGAGAGGAAGCUACUGUUGGUCUAACAUCCCAUACAGUCGUCUAGCUGUGUUCGAUAUUCCAGAAUUAGAAGRAAAAUACGUUCAAGCAAACGAUUGUGUUCUGUUUUGGAGGAAAUUUAUUAUUUUUUUGUUUAUUAAACACUUUGUCAUGCAUUAACCAUGUUGAGGUUUUUCUCCAGGAAAUUUUGAUUCCUUCUGUUAAUGCAAAUGCCUUUUUGAUUUUUUUGUUUUUAUGUGUGUGUAUGUAAUGAAGAAAACAUUUGACAGUUGAAGUCUAGUGAAGUUUGAGCUUCUUAUUGUCUUGUGAAACUAUUUUUCUUAAAACAUUUUCAGAUUUACCAAAAGCACACAUUUUUUUUGAUUGGAAAAUAUUAAAACUUUAUUUCAUUGAAGCAUUUACAAGUAAGCAUACACCAUUGUCUUGGUAAUUGAAGUGUAAAUCUUGUGCAUAAUAGUUAAAACCAUGCUAGCCCUCAUGACUGCUGUACAACAUGAUUAUAAAUAUGAAAGCAUUAAUAAAGCAAAAAAUUUUUCUGUUUU